ACUGCCGCCUGACGCGCGGCGCCUCUGGCGUCCCGGUAAUCCCCGCUGCCUUCUGCGCCCUCUUUUGGCCGCGGCGGUGUCGGCGGGAGCCUGAUGGAUGCCUGGGACCUCUAACCUCACGGCCCAGCCAUGCCCACGGUGCUUGGUUUCGAGGGUAGCGCCAACAAGAUCGGCGUGGGCAUCGUGAGAGACGGAGCGGUUCUGGCUAACCCUCGGAGGACCUACCUCACCCCUCCGGGCACCGGGUUCCUUCCAGGAGACACCGCCAGACACCAUCGAGCUUGUGUGCUAGACCUCCUGCAUGAAGCACUGACUGAAGCUGGACUCAGCCCCAAAGAUAUUGACUGUAUUGCCUUUACUAAGGGUCCUGGAAUGGGUGCCCCACUAGUCUCAGUGGCUAUUGUUGCCCGAACUGUGGCACAAUUGUGGAAUAAGCCAUUGGUGGCUGUGAAUCAUUGUGUGGGCCAUAUUGAGAUGGGCCGCCUCAUCACUGGAGCAACUAGUCCAACUGUACUCUAUGUCAGUGGUGGGAAUACUCAGGUGAUUUCAUACUCAGAACAUCGAUACCGAAUCUUUGGAGAAACCAUCGACAUUGCUGUUGGUAAUUGUCUGGAUCGAUUUGCCCGCGUUCUGAAGAUCUCCAAUGAUCCGAGCCCUGGCUACAACAUUGAACAGAUGGCAAAGCGGGGCAAAAAGCUAGUGGAAUUACCAUACACUGUGAAGGGGAUGGAUGUCUCAUUCUCAGGAAUCCUGUCUUAUAUUGAGGAAGCAGCUCAUCGAAUGUUGGCUGCAAAUGAAUGUACCCCUGAAGAUCUGUGUUUCUCUCUCCAGGAAACAGUCUUUGCAAUGCUGGUGGAAAUCACAGAGCGGGCCAUGGCACACUGUGGCUCCCAAGAAGUACUCAUUGUGGGAGGUGUAGGAUGUAAUAUGAGACUGCAGGAAAUGAUGGGGACAAUGUGUGAAGAACGAGGUGCCAAACUUUUUGCUACUGAUGAAAGAUUUUGCAUUGACAAUGGAGCUAUGAUUGCUCAGGCUGGCUGGGAAAUGUUCCAGUCUGGACAUAGAACAGCACUCGGUGAUUCUGGGGUCACUCAGAGGUAUCGUACUGAUGAAGUUGAAGUGACUUGGAGGAACUGACCUAGUGAGGGAGAGAGUCACACUGGAUCAACACCAAGGAAAAUCUGAAUUUGUGGAACCUCCCUGUUGUUAACUGGCCACAUAAUGGGUUUUAGAGUAGAUUCCCUAUUAUCUCUUCUAAAGAGCUGAGUUUCAUCAUGAUUGAGCAAUAAUUUUGUGUGUCUGUCACUAACAUGGAUUUCUCAAAACCCAUAUGAAUUGUCUUGUGCCAGGUACAUAGAGCAUGUUAAAUAAAUGCUUAUUUGUUUGACAAGCUGACUAAAUAAAAGCCUUAUUGACUAGAAA